AUGGUUGGAUCGCUUCUCCAGAAGAACACCCUCGAGCUUCUCAAGAACCAGUCUCUGGAUCGUGCUCAGCUUGUUGCUAUCUUGAAGGCGAAGAUUGGUACCAGCGUCGACUCAGCUGGUGCUUCAGAAAUGUCGGAAGCCAAGGAAGACGAAGAAAUGGUGCUUGAGAAGUCCAGAGUGAUCCUGCAUCCGAGCGGAAAGAAGGUCCUUUCCGCAGGCCUGAUGGAUAAACUCUCCAAGCUGGUCCAAAAGGACCAGCCAAAAGCUCUCUCUGCGGCGCUGCUCGAUCUCAUCAGCUCUGACAGGACAGAAGACCGGAGGUCUAACGAGGCCUUGCUGAGGCAGCUCCUGCACGAAGCGUGCAGAUGCGAUGCCGUGCAUGUGGCUGAGAUGCUUCUCGACUGCUCAAGUCUUCCAGCGAUUCCCAUUGACGACUGUGAUGAGAGGGGGAGGACAGCUCUCCGCCAUGCUGCUGAGUGCCACAGCCUGGAGUGCAUCGAGCUUCUCAUAAAGAGGAGGGCCAAGGUUGAUCUCGAAGACGACAGAGGGUGUACUCCUCUGGAAUCUGCCAUGCAGAGCCUUAGGCCUCCCCUGGACGUAGAUCAUGCACCUCCUAGAGACGUUGUUAUCAAGCUACAGGAGAUGGACCUGACAGCCAUCAAGCUGCUCGGCAACCAGAUGAAGGACCUCGCGCGCUUCGGCUGCGAGCUGGCGCUCGCGUGCAAGCUCGUCCCCCUCAUCUCGCUCUACAUCCACUUCGGCAAGGCCAUCAUGAACACCGUCCUGCAACACCCAGACUUCGGCGAGGGCACCGUCGUCGACUUCCUGGUGCAAAAGGCGCUCGCGCAGGCACGCGAAAACCCGGAGGGCGGGCCGCGCGCGCGCGCGCCCGUGCUCCGGGUGCUGGAGGCCGUGCUGAGGUGGAAGCCGCACCUGAGCCGGCGGAAGAACGACCGGCCGAAGGGGUUUGGGCCGCUCUCCAAGGGGCCCACAGCGCCGCUGAUCAAGGCCGCACAGGCUAACGACGAGGCUCUUGUAGCCCUGCUGCUGCGCUUCGGGUCCGAUCCCAACGAGGCUGAUCCAGACGGCAACACUGCUCUUCACUGGUGCCUGCGACUUGGGAAGAACCUUCUGAACGUCAGCAUCAUCCAGCAGCUGAGCGACGGCGGUGCGCGCGGAUCCAUCGGAAAUAAGAUCGGCGCCACAGCAAUUCACGUGGCGGCCGCUCAUGGGCACUACGAGGCUCUCAAGAUCCUGCUGACCAAGGAGCCUGCGGCCGUGAACAUUGUGGCCGCAACCAAGGAGACCGCCAUUUUCUGGGCCGUCAAGAAUGACCACGUGGAGUGCGCCAGGCUGCUGCUGCAGGCUGGCGCGAACAGACUGCUGGUCAACCUCAGAAAGCAGAGACCCAUUGACGUGGCCACAUCGCCUCCCAUGCGCGAGAUGCUGCGCCAACCGGACGAGGCCUUCACAGGAAAAGACAACGUGCUCGCUGAAGCCGUCGAGGCGGCCAAGAAAGGCACCAAGGAGGGCGACCAGACGAGGCCCUCUUCCGCCAAGACGGUCAUGAUGCCCUCCAACGCGAAGACCGAGCUCUGCCGCUACUUUGGGACCGCGCACGGGUGCGCGCGCGGCGAAAAGUGCUUCUUCGCGCACGGGGAACACGAGCUGGUCCCCCUGGCGCCGCCAAAGGGCAUGCUGGGCGAUGCGGCGGAGCCGGGCAGCCUCUCCCGGCAGAAGCUCAAGGCAAGUCGUGAAAGUGCAUUUGCUGCUGCGACCUUGCAUGAGCCUUCUGAGCCGUUCCAGUGGAAGACCGAGGACUUCAACCGCAAGAUUUUCGUCGGUGGCCUGCCCGAAUCUGCUGACGCUGAUGACCUGAAGGAGUACUUCGAAUCCAACUUCGGCCCCGUUGACGACGCGAUCGUGAUCGGGUCUCAGACGGCGACCGGGAUGCACUCCCGCGGCUUUGGCUUCGUCGCCUUCAAGAGCGAGGUCACAGCGCAGAAGGCCUGCAGGCAACACUACGUGGUCAUAUUCGGCAAAAAGGUGGAAGUGAAGGCGGCCGUUCCACGACCCGACUCCCUCGUCUGGGAGGAACCCCCCGAAUGCAAAACCCCAGACACCCCCGCUUCCGUCCUCGUUCGCAUUCCGGAAAGCCCCGCAGACGGAAUGAGCUCGCCGGAGUCGGAACGACUGACCUCCCGGCACGUCCCAAACCCCGUCAGCCUCGCCCGCGCGGCCGCGGCCGCGGCCGCGCCUUCGCCAGAGCCGGUGCCCUGGGAAGUCAACAGCUGGGAGGAGAAGCGCCUCCAGUCGCCGUGGCAGAAACCACCGGCCCUCGCCAAACCCCUCGACGCCCCGCCCCUGUCCGCGACCGGAACGGAAACCCACCCGACGGAAACGAGUGACGAACCCAACGGUCGCGUGACGUCCCCCGAGCAAACUCCACCGGCGCUCGAAGCGUCGCCCCCGCCUCCGGUCGCGAUCCCCGGGAGCGUCAAGUGCCCGCCCUGGCUGGUGAAGCUGCGCCAGUGGCUGCCCGGUUACCUCUCCACCAAGCGCGGCGUCCAAUACGCUAUGUCGUCGCUCAAGGGCGACUUCCGCGCGUGCUUCGGGCUAGAGAUCCCGCACCACGAGCUGGGCUUCGUGAAGCUGAGCGACUUCCUGCGCUCCAUGCCCGACGUCGUCAAGAUGAAGAUCGUGCCCACCGGGACGGGCGCCUCCACCCACGUGGUCCUCAUGCCGCGCUCGCCGCGCGCGGCCGCGCCGCCGCCGCCGCCCAAACCCCCGACCAAGUUCGUCUCCUCCGGGCGGUCGUACGCGUCGGCCGCGCAGGGGGACAAGGGGCCAAGCAAGGAAGGGGAGGAGUCGGAACCAGUUUCCGAGAAGCGAACGGAAGCUCCCGAGCCGGAAGCCGUCCCUGAGGAAAAGGGAGACGCGGACGAAAACGUGGAGGAGCCGAACGGAACAGAGGAGCUGGGCGAAACGGAAGCGGACUCGCCGGAACUUCCAGCGGAGCAGCCCACAGAGGAACAGGCUGCGGAAUCCACCGGGGGGGAUCUCAAGGCAGGCGAAAUGACCCCCCCUUCCGCCAGCCCCGCAACCAAACCCUUCCCGAGCACGCCGGACCUGUCGGAGGGGCCCCCGAGCAGCCUUCUGACAGCCUUCACCCCGCUUCCCCCUACCCCGACACCCAACUCGACCGCCCGGGGCAACUCAACGGAGCCCACGUCGGGGGAUCCCUUUGGUUUCCCGGGUCGGCGUUCCGCCCCGGAAGCGCUCCAGGUUCCGCCCGGGUUUGGUUUCCGGAAGGAGGACCGCGAGUUCUACCUGGGCAGCCCGACGCCCGAUGCGUUCCCCCCCGACGAUAUCCACCGGGAGCUUUCGCUUGGGGCGGCCGCCCGGCAGCUCUUCAACAGCCCCCGGUCGCCGCACGAGAUCGACCGGGAGAUGUUCGAGCACAAGAUGAUGCUCCAGCGGAUGGCCCAGCACCCGGGCCUUAUCCCCGGGCGCCGUAGCCCGGCCCCGCACCCCCCCUCGCGGGGCCCGUCGCCGUACACCGGUUCCCCGAGCCCGCUGCGCCCCCAGAACUUCGACCACCUGCUCCGCCAGCCCAACGCCCCGGGAGCACCCCCCGGCGACCGUUACCGGCGCGGCGAGUUCAACCGCCCGCAGAACGCGUUCGACUUCCGGUCGCUGACCCCCGAUGGGCGCACACGGACUUUCACCGAGAGCCCGGUUCCGGACAUGGGGGGAGUUCUGCAGAGCCGUCUGGGGGCAAUUGGAGGGGGGAUCUCGCCGGGCCGAGCACUCGUGGAGGGCUCCCGGUACGGCGAGGCGGGGAUGCACCUCGGGGCGAGUUUCCAGCCGGAGCAGGAGCGAGAGUGGACCCCGUUUGGUGCUCGGGAGGCGCCCACCGGGCGCUCUUUCCUCUCUUUCAUGGACUGGAAGCCUCCCCCAGCCGCGGCCCCUGCACCCCCGCCGUCGCGCGCGCCACGUGUCCCGCCGGAGAACGCCUGCCGCAGGUGCUGGGAACGGCGCGUGACGUGGGCGGCGUUACCGUGCGGCCACCGCUGCCUCUGCACCGCGUGCAAGGAGGAGGCGGUCGGCAAUCCAUCCUUCGUCGAAUGUAACGUCUGCCGCUCGGUGGUCUAUCGCUGGGUUCCGCUCUUUGAGGACGGCUUUUAG